CACAGAUUCGCGUGUCGUCAACACCACAUUUCGACGACGACCACACCCCAAAGCUCACGAUCACAGAAUAAAAGGACAAAGCCUGACUGAGACGACGACGACAAGAAACGAUGUGGCAAGAGAACAAUCCAUACGGCGCAUCGUCGUCUCAGGCCCAGCCAGCAUACUAUCAGGCGCCUGCGCAGGAACCUUUGCAGUUCUACUCUGGCGGGUUGGAUCCUAACUCUUAUGCAUAUCCUGGGUCGAGGCCCAGUCUUGACGAAGCGACUCAGGGGAGUAUUUCUCAGUCACCUGGGUUUGGUGGAAACAUUCAGUCCGGUGGGGGAUGGUGGACGGCAUUUGGAACCGGCGGAUUCGAGGGGGAGCCGCCGUUACUUCAAGAACUUGGAAUCAACUUUUCUCAUAUACGCGCCAAAUCAUUAACUGUCCUUAACCCACUCCAAACAAUUGACAACCGAAUUAUGGACGACGCAGACCUUGCUGGCCCUAUCAUCUUUUUCUUCUGUUUUGGUAUUUCUUUGCUCUUCUCUGGAAAGCCCAACUUUGGAUAUAUCUAUGGUGUCGGACUGUUUGGGUCCGUUUCGAUGUACCUACUUCUCAACCUAAUGUCUGCUCGAGGUAUCGAUGCAUACCGCGUCGCUUCAGUCCUCGGAUACUGCCUCUUGCCCAUGGUCGGCGUGGGCCUCAUCAGCGUCAUGAUCGCCCUAGACGGAACUUUCGGAUACCUUCUCACUAUUCUUUCAAUCCUCUGGUGCACAUAUGCCGCAUCAGGUAUCUUUGUCGCCGUCCUUCAAAUGUCGGAACAGCGGUUACUCGUAGCUUACCCCGUCGGCCUUCUCUAUGGUUGUUUUGCUCUCUUGACAGUAUUUAGCGUGACAGACAAGUCUUCUUAG